AUGACCUCAUCCUCCUUUGUAUCCUACUCCACUCCAGGACUAUGCCAAUCUGUGGCCAUGCUCCCACCAGCCAGUCACCUCCUGUCCCUCCUGCUGGUGAUAGGCACAGGUGGUACCGUGCCCAGCCCCCGGGUGCCUCCCCGGGGCUGCUACGUGGCGGAGGAAGACGGUGAGCGGACAUUCCGCUGCAGCCAGGCGGGCCUGAGCGCUGUGCCCACCGGCAUCCCCAACGACACCCGCAAGCUCUACCUGGAUGCCAACCAGCUGGCAUCAGUGCCAGCUGGUGCCUUCCAGCACCUGCCUGUCCUGGAGGAGCUGGAUCUGUCCCAUAACGCCCUUGCCCACCUCUCGGGGGCUGCUUUCCAGGGCCUGGCGGGCACUCUGCGCCACCUCGACCUCUCUGCCAACCAGCUGGCCUCAGUGCCCGUGGAGGCCUUCGUGGGGCUGCAGAUCCAAGUGAACCUGUCUGCCAACCCGUGGCACUGCGACUGUGCCCUCCAGGAGGUGCUCAGGCAGGUGAGGCUGGCGCCGGGCACCGGGACAGGCAUCGUGUGUGGCCCAGGAGCGCGCCCAGACCUCGUGGGGCAGGAGUUCCUGCUGCUGGCCCGGGAGGAAGAGCUGUGUGGGGUGGGGCGGGGUGGGGCCCGGAGGGGCACAGACGUGGCCCUGCUGGUCACCAUGGGGGGCUGGCUGACGCUGGUGGUGGCUUAUCUGGUUCACUACGUGUGGCAGAACCGGGAUGAGACCCGGCGCUCCCUCAAGCAGGGCCCCGUGCUGCCCGUGCGCGCCACCCUCAGCACAGUGGAGGUGUCCUCCACCCUGAGCACGGUGGUCUGA